AUGUUACAGCUGCUGAUUUCAUGAUGGUUUUGACUAAAGACAACUAAAAAGAAAUGAAGAAAUGUGAUGGUCAUUAUCAUUGGCUUGAACAACUCAGGCAAAACUGCUCUUGUGGAGGCCAUUCAAAGAUUACUUCCCAGCAGGAUACACAAUGGUGUGAAAUCAAAACUGACUAUACUCCUGUUAGAUGAGUGUGAAUUGUCCCUCCAUGACCUGACUGGAUAGACCCUUGGGGCAGAGAAAACUGGUCAAGCUACUAUGCUCAGACAUGGGCUUGUUUUUGUUCUAGAUUCCAGUGACUUAGGACACAUGCACAAACCAAAGAUCAUCUUAACACAUAUAAUGUAUGAUUUUUAAAAGGUGGCAGGGAAGCCCAUCUUACUGUUCACCACCAUUACAUUAGAGCCUGCUGAUGUAUCCCUGGCCCAUUUCAUCAUCACGCCCACAUUCUGGAUUUGCAGCAAAGUCCCUCCUUGUCAGGCAAUACCUACAAUGAUUUCUACCUUAGGGAUGGAGCCAUGUUUAGCUAUAAAAGAUCUCCAAAAAAGGAAGCAUCAUCCCAUAAUUGAUGGGCAACAUUGGCUAUUAGCUGUCAUUGGGGUUAAAUAUGAGUUACUGUAUUCUUGA